UUCUUCCUUCACGGGACGAUUGCGAGCUCCAGUGCUUUUGCCCUACUACAGGAAGCUCAUACUCUCGAUUCUUGGCAUCGCAACUAGCGCUAGCGAUCAAUGGUUUCGCUCUGUGCUUUACUGAUGCCCACAGCGAAGUCGCCUCUGAUUUCCAGCAGUAGCGCCGCUCAAUGGCUUCUUCUGCCCUACACACGAGGCUACACUUGCGAGAUCUCGAUCAAUCGAAGAAACCCAUUGUUCUAGCCAUGCCCUUCUCUGUUCCAGGAGCUCCCGGAGGGAAAGAUCUCAAAUGCGGAGCUGCCGUAUUUGAUCAGCCCGCGCUGCCCUUGAUCCGAGAGCCGCGCCCUCGCAUUCGUGAGCUUCACGAUGCCGUGAGGAUCAAUCUCCUGCCUGGCGCCCGUGCCGAAUUCUCGGCUUACUCCUGGUUCCUCCAAGAAUGUGGCAGACUCAAUGCCCUCGCGGCGGGCAAGCUCGUCCACGCUCACAUUCGAUCGAUGCGGCUGGAACACGACCGAUUUCUUGGCAAUCUCGUGGUGGAUAUGUAUGGACGGUGUGGGCGAUUGGAUGAGGCGGCCGCGGCGUUCCAAGAGAUCCACGAGAAGAAUGUAUUCUCCUGGAACAUCUGGAUUGGAGCAAAUGCCAUGAAUGGGCAAUCCAUGGCGGCACUGGAGCUCCUCAAGAAAAUGGAGCUACACGGUAUCAAGGCCACUAGGGUUACGUUCUUGAAUGCUCUAUCGGCAUGCGCCGCCCCGGAGCUCCUCGCCCAGGCGCGAUCGAUCGUCGAGAAGAUCACUGCCGCUGGAAUGGAUCGCGACGUCCUCGUCGCCACGGCCGUGGUGAGCGCGUACGCGCGAUGUGGCGCCAUGGCCAGCGCCAGGGAGGUCUUCGAUGCCAUGCCCGCCCGAAAUAUCGUCUCCUGGAACGCGAUGAUCGAGGCCUACGCGCAGCACGGCCGAGGCGCCGACGCGAUCGCGGUAUUUCGGCUCUUGGAGCUGGAAGGUACGUUCCAAGCGAACAAGAUCACAUUCCUGGCACUGAUCGAGGCUUGUUCUUGCUCCUGGCAGGGAAAUCUCGGUACCGGGAGGCUCUUUCACCAUCGCGCCAUUGCCAGUGGCUUCCAUACGGACGAAUCUCUCAAGAACAGCCUGGUCAACAUGUACUCCAAGUGUGGCAGCGUGGAAGAGGCGAGACAAGUCUUCGAUUCCAUCGCUCCCAGGACAGCGAUCUCCUGCAGCGUGAUGAUCACGACCCUGGCACAGAAUGGCUUCUAUCGAGAGGCGCUAGAGCUCUACCGGGAGAUGCAAGAAGAGGGACUGGAGUCCAACAACAUGACGUUCCUUAGCUUGCUGGAAGCCAGCGCCCAUCUCACGGCCUUGGGCCAGGGACGAAGAAUCCACGCCAGUAUCAUCGACUAUGGGCUCGCCAGAGACCUCUUGAUCCAGACAGCGCUCGUCUACAUGUAUGGGAAGUGUGCUAGCUUGGACGAGGCAAGGGAGGUGUUUGAGAGCAUGGAAAGGAAGAAUGUGGUGGCCUGGACGUCGAUCAUCGCUGCUUACUCCCAGCACGGCCACUGCGAAGAAUCGCUGGAGCUCUUCCGGAGGAUGGCUCUCGAUGGGGUGAUGCCCAACGAGGUGACUUAUGGAACGCUCUUGUCUACGUGUAGCCACGCUGGGCUCGUGGACGAGGCCUACGACAACUUUGUGGAGAUGAAGAACCCCAGGUUGACGCACUAUAGGUGCAUGGUGGAUGCGCUUGGGCGAGCCGGGAAGCUGGACGAGGCCGAGGAUCUCUUGAACAACAUGCCCUUUGAGCCGGACUCGGUAGCGUGGGUGCUCUUCUUGGGAGCUUGUAAGACGCACGGCAGCAUCGAGAGGGGCUCUCGGGCAGCGGAGAGCAUCCGCGAGGUGGCUCCGGAAUCGAGAUUGAUACACGAGAUGAAGUGUACUGUAAGACACAGGGCAGCAUUGAGAGAGGCCCUCGGGUAGCGGAGAGCUUCCGCGAGGUGGCUCCGGAAUCGGUGAGUGCUGGUCCGUUUGUGAUGGUUUCUAAUAUCUAUGUAGGCGAUGCUGUGCACGAGUUCGUGUCGCGGGAUGAUUCUCACUCUUGCAGAGGUUGAUACGCGAGAUGCGUGAUCAUUUGGGAUGUGUUCCUUAUACCACCGGUGUUCUUCACGACGUCAGCCAGGAGCAAAAGGAAGAGAUGGUCAAGCAUCACAGCGAGAAGUCGGUGAUUGCGUUUGGAUUGAUCAGCACUGUGCCAGGGACGACCAUCCGGGUAAUGAAGAACUUGAGAGUUUCUUUGGAUUGUCACACUUGUUUCAGGUGCAUUUCCAGGAUUUCCAAGAGGAAGAUUAUUUUGUGUGA